AUGCCUACCUCCAAAACCGAUACCGCCCUUCGCUUCCCCGAAAGCGACGACCAGAAGCGUCGUCUGCGUAAUACCACCCAGGACCAGAAGUACGGUGCCCGUCUCCGUGACGAGGCGAGUACUGGCUCUCAAAAGUCCCAGGAUGCCACUACCUGGACUACUGAGCAGUUGCUAGGUGAGCAUAUGGAUGCCAGUGGUAAUCCUGUGCCCGAUCCGGCGAGCUUUGGGGAUGGGGCGAAGGCGAGAAAGGGGAAGGAGGAGGAUGAGCCGAAUUUGUAUGAUGCGAUGCAUGAUGAUUUUGAUUAA